AUGGAAACUUGGUUUUCGAUUCUUGGCUGGUCUCUGUCCAUUCUGACCAUAACUGGAAAUGGAUUUAUCAUCUGCCUCGUUGGAAGAAGACGGCGGCUUCGCACCAGAACCAACGCAUUCAUAGUUUCUCUUGCAGUGGCGGACUUCUGUGUUGGGCUUAUUGAUUUUCCCUCGCUUUACGUCUGCGAAGAGAUAGUUGGAUGUGACCCAAAGGCCUUCUUUGCAAGCGGGGUGGAUUAUCUAAGAUGGUUCUUUGGGUACGCUUCGGUUACAAACUUGUGCAGUUUAGUCCUAGAGCGCUACGUUGCCGUUGUGAAGCCGUUAAGGUACUGGACUUUUAUGACGCGCAAACGCGUUCUCCAGAUGUUUGUUACCUCUUGGACCAUUCCAGUUGUUUUGGUCUUGGUUUUUUUACUGAACGGGCUUGUUUUUAGAGAGACUCUGCUGUUGAAAGUGCUGUCAUUGAUUCUUAUGUUAUUUUUAGAGUUCUUACCGUGUUGCAGUCUAAUUUUUUGCUUUGCAUCAAUGUAUUAUGUUGUUUAUAAACACGAAAGAGCCGCCCGCAUCUUGGCAAAACAACUCCGCUUUAACCAAAGAUUUUGUUUUAAAAUCCAAGAGAAGUCUGCUGUGAAAAUAAUGGCCAGUGUUAUUGGCUUGUUUCUUGUAACUUACUCGUUCGCUUUGCGGUGUAGCUUUAUUUACAUUUUGAAUGACGACAAAAAGCCGUGUGAUGAUCAAGAAUAUAAAAUACCCCUUCUUGUAUUAAACUCCGUCGUCAACCCCUUCGCUUAUGCUGUCUUCAAGAGAGACAUAAACAUGGAGAUGAAACGAUAUAUCUGCUGUGUCAUGUGUAAAAAAAGAAACCGCACUGAGCCAAUUGAUGAAAACAACUCUUUCAUCCUACGCAGCUGCAACGCUUAA